CAGUAUUAUCAGUACAUGAGUCGUGUAAUUGUUUUUUGCUGAAUUUCGUUUCAUUUGACGAAGAAGGGAUUAUUUGCAUUAAUAAUUGGUGAAAUGGAGGAUAAGACACAUGGUGGGAAUACUUCUGUGGAAGGUGUGGAGAGUAACACUUCAGCCAAGAAGACUGCGAAGCCAAAGUCUGCGAAAUCGCAACGUCCGAAAUCGUCUCAUCCACCAACUUCCGAAAUGGUAAAUUCUGCCAUUAAGGAAUUGAAAGACCGUAAGGGAUCAUCACUCCAAGCGAUUAAGAAAUACAUUGCAACAACGUACAAGGUUGACGGAGAGAAAUUGGCGCCAUUCAUAAAAAGGUACUUAAAAUCGGCCGUUACUUCUGGCGCUGUUGUUCAGACAAAAGGUAAAGGUGCCUCUGGAUCAUUCAAACUGUCAACAAUUAAGGGAUCCGAGUCGAAGAAGAUUCACCGAACUGUCAAAGUAUCAAAACUGAAGAAAGCUAAGAAAUCCGUGGAAAAGAAAACUACACCGGCACGAAAGCCUGCCUCGACGAAGAAACCAAGCUCUCCGAAAAAGGCUGAAAGUGCUAAGAAAUCUGCCGUUGUAAAGAAAUCAGCCGUUAAGGCAGCACCGAAACCCGAAAAAGUCGAAAAAACUAAACCAGCGACCGAAUCGAAAGCUAUAUCGAAGAGCAAGAAGACGACCAAAGCACCAGCGGCUAAAACGAAAACACCAAAACCAAAGAAGGCCGCGACAUCGAAAGCAGUCAAAUCAGCAGCAAAGAAAUAAUUGCUUGAUAUGGAAUUCUCGAAUUCUUAAAACCAAAUGGCCCUUUUCAGGGCCACAAUUCAUAUUUAAUAAGGGACAACAUCUUAAGACAAUGUAAACAGUAUUAGUUUUUUAUAAAUAUACUUAUAUUUAAUAUACAAUUUACAAUAGUUUUCUACGUGACAAUAAAAAAAACAUAACCUAGCAAAAUUAUUUUUAAAUUAGUAUCGUUUAAAUCUACCUAAAAAUCUAAAGCUACGAUUUUUUGUUAUUUAUUCGACUUGAAUUACUCCUGAAUUAUUUUUCAAACAGAAGUUAUUACUCUGUGAAAGUUUACAUCUGCAAAGGGUUAUGAACUGACAAGUAGAGUUUCAAUAUUAUAGAAACGUGUAUUCUGUUUAUAUAAUACCCACGGAGUGUUUACAUCUUUCUACAAGAGUAGAGAUAGACGACACGUUUAAAAUGUAAAUUAAUUAUAUGUUACAACGAAUUGGAAAUUUGAGGGAAUAUAUUUAGAGGUGUGUUCUUACGAAUAUUAUGAAUUUGAUUUUCUAAAUUAUUUCAAGACUGUGAUGUUUAUUUGAAAACUAAUUUUAACUACAAAAUUCUUUUUAUAUUAUCGUAACUAGUCUUUCUUUUUCCGAAUUUCUAAAAAUUACGAUGUUAUUUUAUUACUUAAUGAGCCUGUCGUGAAACCCAGUAAUGUUUUUCAUUUUAGUGUUAAUUUGUAAACUAAAUUUCAACACUAUUUCGAAUUGUACAGCAAAGUAUUCAAAUGUAUAUAAAUAUAUAAUACAAAGCUGAAAAGAAGUUUUGUGGAACGGAAAAAUAAGCGAUUCCUCUCUCUCAAGUAUUGUUAUAUGAUUUUAUUUGUACGUGCUAAUAUACAUGUUUAUUUUUAUGAUUA